AUGGUGUUAUGAAUCAAAUGAUAAAUUUUACCAUAAAAAAUGAAUUUAGUCCUUUUAAACAUGUUGCUCAAUGAUUGCAGUUUAAUUCGUUUAUAAAACCUAAUCAUAAAUAGGAGUGGAGGAUACUGGAUACUGCUUUAAAGUGUUUGAUCAUAAGUCAAGUCUUUAACGUUAACGUUACUUCCUUUGGCAGGUCUGGCUCUUGCUGCCAGUAUGAGUCGUCAGUGUAAGAGCUGUGGUGGAGCAGACAUCGACACAGACCCAGCCCGGGGGAGUGCGGUCUGCACAGCCUGUGGCUCGGUUCUGGAGGAUAAUAUCAUCGUAUCUGAGAUUCAGUUUGUGGAAAACAGUGGAGGGGUGUCUUCAGCUGUCGGCCAGUUCGUGUCAGCUGAUGGUACUUCCAAAGCUCCGGUUUUGGGCAGUGGGUUCCACACAAGUCUGGGAAAAGAAUCGCGAGCUCAGACGCUCCAGAACGGGAAACGACAGAUACACAACCUCGGCAGCCAGCUGCAGCUGAACCAGCACUGCCUAGACACGGCCUUUAAUUUCUUCAAGAUGGUGGUGAGCAAGCACUUGACACGAGGGCGAAAGAUGACGCACGUCAUAGCCGCCUGCCUCUACCUGGUCUGCAGGACAGAGGGAACGCCACACAUGCUCCUGGACCUCAGUGAUCUUUUACAGGUUAAUGUUUACAUUCUGGGAAAGACCUUCCUCCUGUUGGCUAGAGAGCUCUGUAUCAACGCUCCGGCCGUCGAUCCAUGUCUGUACAUUCCACGAUUCGCCCACAUGUUGGAGUUUGGUGAAAAGACUCAUGAGGUUUCGAUGACUGCUCUCAGACUGCUGCAGAGGAUGAAAAGGGACUGGAUGCACACGGGACGGCGACCAUCAGGCUUGUGUGGUGCAGCUCUGCUCGUAGCAGCUCGUAUGCAUGAAUUCCGUCAUACAGUGAAGGAGGUGAUAUCUGUUGUCAAGGUGUGCGAGGCCACGCUGAGAAAAAGACUGACAGAGUUUGAGGAUACCCCCACCAGUGCCCUAACUAUCGAUGAGUUCAUGCGAGUGGACCUUGAGAAAGAAUGUGAUCCUCCAUCUUUUGUUGCAGGACAGAAAAAACUCAAGAUGCAGCAGCUGGAGCAGGAGCUGGCCAAGAAACUUGAGGAAUAUCAAGGUGAGAUCAACUCAUACCGCGAUGAGAUUGAGACACAGCUGGCAGCGAGCAGCAGAACCAAACUGAGAGGGAUUUAUGCCUCCUACGCAAGAGAAGAUGAUGACUGUGUGUCUUUGGCCUCUGGGAUGACUGGAGAAGAAGACCCAAAGGAUGAGGAAAUGGAGGCAGCAGCUCAACAUCUCAACCAGGAGUUCAUCAGUCAGGUGCUUGAACAGGGAAACCAGGGAGGAAUGGAGGAUCAGGAGGGGAGUAGGGAUACAGUACCGCUCUCCACUCAGGCCACACAUGUGCCUCUGACAGCGCUCCUCGGCCCUUUACCCAGUGCAGCCAGUCUUGGUCUAACAGACUCCAUUCGGGAAUGCAUCACAGACGAGGACACAACAAACGUGGAGGAUAAAUCAGAUAAUGGGGAACUGGAUCUGGAUGGGAUUGAUGAAGAAGAAAUUGAAAAGUACAUUUUGAAAGAGAUAGAGGUGGAGGCCAAGACAGAGCUGUGGAUGAAACAGAACGAGGAAUAUUUGAGGGAACAGAAAGAAAAAGAGGAGAGAAUAGCUAAAGAGAAGGAACAAGGGACCUAUAAAGAGAAGCCAAAGAAGCCGUCCAAGAAGCGAGAGCCGAUCCUGGCCAGCACUGCGGGAGAGGCCAUAGAGAAGAUGCUGGAGCAGAAAAAGAUCUCCAGUAAGAUCAAUUAUGAUGUUUUGCGGGACCUCAACAGCAAGGGCAGCGGGAGCAACGCCACGCAGCAAGCCGAGGAUGUGCCUGCCGGUGGCUCUGGGCGCAAAAAGCUGAUCCGCCGCAAGAAGCAGCCAAACAAGAGCAAUCUUGGCCUCGCAAAACCUGCAAGCCUCAUGGGCAAGAGACUCCGCCCAUUAAUAUCAUCCACACCCAAGAAGAAGACCACAGCAGCCACACCGGUCACUCCUAGCAUUACCAUGAUGUUGCCUCCUGCAGCCCCAGAGCCCACUCCGGCCCCCACCCCUCCCCCCGUGUUGGAAAAUGAGCCUGUGGCAUAUGAGGAACCCGCUGAGGAGGAAGAGGAGAAUGAGGAAGAGGCAGAGGAGUCUUGCAUUAGCGCCAUGGAGCUGAUAGGUGGAAAUGACUACGGAUGUGAAGCUGAAGAAGAGGAGGUAUUUUAGACUGCACCGUAUCGUCUGUUACCUGAACUUCUCAUCCUCCUAUUCACUUCUAUUACUCCCUAUGGCAAGGAGAGGAGAAUUUAAGGCACAUUUGAGACACCUAUAAUAUGCUGCACGUUUAUGAAAGGUCAUUCUCCCUCACAGUGCAUUAUAUGACUGGUUAAACUGCAGCAUCUGGGUGAUGAAUGAGCUACAAUGGGAGAAGGUGGCUGGCAGCUUUAGAUUGAAGAACAUAAAACCAUUUUAGCACUUUGCUGGUGUUUCACUAAAAGUUCAAGAGACAGGAAUCUCUAAAGUAGUUUCCUGAGUAUCUCAGAAAAUUUGUUUUACAGGUACAGGAUUUGAACCUGUUGGUAAUUCCUGAAAGGUAAUUUGUUGUACAUUUACAUUUGUUGUACAACAUUAAUUGUAAAUACAUAGUAGGAAGCUGUGACAAUGUCACUUUUAGUGUUUUAACUUUUUAUUUUAUGAUAUGUCUGUAUAUAUGUACAUGUAACAGUGUUUUGUGCACUGUUAUAAUUCAUAAUUCCAUGAAAAAGUAAAUGUUCCUGUGUUGGAUUAUGAUACAUACUAAUGUAUUUUACAGCUAUGUUAUGACCCUCAUUUUUUAACUGUUUUCAUUAGAUCAUCAAAUGUGGAUUUCAGAGUACACAGUGAAAGCAGAAUAUUUGAAUGUGUAUGUAAAUAAAUUCACAUCUGUUUAGGAUGUUUUAAUGAUGAUUUUAUGGUGCUUUUGCAUUCAUUUUGAUGUUUAAAACCCAACUCCCCAUUCAUUGUAGUUAAAUGGAAAAGAAUGAGAGCACAGUCGUCUUUUGUGAAUUCUCCUUUUAUGUUCCACUGAAGAAAGAAGAAAAGUCAUACAGAUUUG